AAGGACGGUUUCCGUGGUUCUUGAGUGGAGUGGAGGGGUGAAUGCGAAACACGCCGGCGCCACCGUCCCAGUGUCCCACCGCCCCUCUUCCAGCCGUUCCCCAAACCCUAACUCGGAUGUCCUCGCUGCCGCCGCCGGCUUCAUCCAUGGCUGUGGCAGAGGUCGAGGCCCGUGACUGGGCAGAGAUGCCGUCGGACGCGCUCGCUGCCGUGUUCGGGAAGCUGGACGUGGCCGAGAUCCUGACGGGAGCCGGGCUGGUGUGCCGCGCGUGGCGCCGGCUCGCCGCCACGGACCCCACGCUGUGGCGCCGUGUGGACAUGUGCCACCAGGGGGACCUCCUGGAGGCUGAGGAGGUGGAGGCCAUGGCGCGCGCCGCCGUCGACCGUGCCGCGGGCACCAUGGAGGCGUUCUGGGCCGACACCUUCGUCACCGACGACCUCCUCCGAUACAUCUCUCAGAGGGCCCCCUCAUUGAAGAGCCUCCAGCUCAGCUUGUGCCAUCAUGUCUCUAAUGAAGGUUUUGCAGAGGCAAUUAGUUCUUUACCUCAGCUCGAGGAGCUUGAUGUUACAUUUUGCUCAUUGCAUGGCAACGUGUGUGAUACUAUUGGCAGAGCCUGCCCACACCUUAAACGCUUCAGUUUGAAUGAACGCUGGUCUAUUGUUCAAAGUGAGUUUGCAUCUUAUGAGGGCAUGGAUGAUGACACCGAAGCAUUAGGAAUUGCUAGCACCAUGCCUGGGCUCCAAGAACUACAGUUGAUUGGUAACAACCUGACCAAUGAUGGACUCAUGGCAAUUCUUGAUCAUUGCUUGCACCUUGAAUCCCUUGACAUACGUCAGUGCUACAACAUCCAAAUGGAUGAUGUGAUGAAAUCGAAAUGUGCAAGGAUACGAGAUCUGAAGCUUCCUCAUGACUCCAUCUCCGACUUCAAGUACCGCGCUUACAUUGUCAGCAGCAUAGCCAACUCUGGCUCCGAUUUUGAGGUUGAUAUGUAUGAUGAUCUGCUGGAUGUGGUAACUGAAGAUGAUGAAGCUGAUUUUGAUGAUAUAGAUGAUUUUGAUGAUGCGGGCUCAGCUGGAGGUAUGUAUGAUGAUGAAUUUGAUAUCUGAAAGAAAUUCGUCAGACUGGCUUUUUGGUUUCCCAUGUGAAAUGCUAUGAGCUGGAAUGGUUUAGCAUUCCCUUGUCUUGAGAUUCUGAUAAGCUGGAAUGGUUUAGCAUUCCCUUGUCUUGAGAUUCUGAUAGCGAGGUUGUAAUAAACAGUGCGGUACCGUUAUUUGUGUCAUGCCAUCUCUUGAUGGCUAGGCUUGUACCUGUAGCCACCCCCCCCCCCCCCCAAGAAACAAAAAGGUGGCAUCUGUGUUUUUUUACGGAAUAUCUGUAUUAUGUUGUAAUUUGUGCUUUGAAUUGGGACUGUGACAAAUGAAAUCCUUGCAGAUGAAGCAACUAAAAUUCUCGCCGAUCAA